AUGGUCAGCACGACUCAUGAUCACCGUACUGGCCAGCCUGUUGCGGCUAACUCGAGCAUGUUUAAUGCGACUGGCGGUCAAGAGUUGACUGCUCAGCAAGCCGCUUGUCUCAAAUCUAUCCAGUUCCCCCACAUGCAUCGCCCUCGCCAGCUCAUUGAGGAUCCUGCACCUCAAACAGGACACUGGCUAAUCAAAAACGAGACGUACUCCCACUGGCUCUUCGACCGCGAUCUCAAAGAACGACCCUGUAUCCUCUGGCUCAAGGGGAAACCGGGAGCCGGAAAGUCGACAUUGAUGAAGCAGGCUUUUCGUCAUGCCAAGUCGUCCCUCAACGGUUCUGAAUAUUGUGUUGCCGGCGCCUUCGUCAGCGCAAAGGGCGAGCCACUGGAGCAUUCCUCGAUCGGCAUCUUUCGGUCCCUUCUACACCAAAUCUUACCACACUAUCCGGCUCAACUUCAAGAAGCGGUACAGACUUGGAUGGAGCUGAACGAGGGGGCCAGGAUGUCGAGGCACGCAGAGGUGAUAUGGAGGGAACCAGUGCUCAAGAGCCUACUCAACUCGACCAUUGGUCAUGCAGCAGGGAAAAAGACAAUUUUUUUUAUCGACGGCCUCGACGAACUUGGAUCUUCUGCUUCGAGAUCCCACGCGGAAUUCUGGGGGCAGUUAUCCAGCGGCGAUAACAAUGGCCGUGUGCGAGUGUGUCUGUCUAGUCGACACUACCCGCAAACAUCCCUUUGCUCGGCCUCGGAGCUGAUUGCCGAAGAUCUCAACAAAGGAGACAUUUCAACAUAUGUCAAUCAAAGAUUGAGUGCCAGAAUUUCAAGGUCAGAAUCACAUUGGGAGCCUAAACUGCGAAACAAGAUGAUAGACAACGCCCGCGGCAUCUUUCUCUGGGUGACCCUGACUAUGGACAGCCUUCUUGCCAAAUACGACCAAGGCAACAGCCUUGAGCUUUUGCUCCGACACAUCGAUUCAAUGCCCUGGGAACUAGAGCACUUGUUCACAAUGAUGGUGGCGUCCGUUAGUCCAGAGUCGCGGACAGUCGCUCUAAGGGUAUUUCAGUGGGCUCUCAUGUCAACAGCACCUUUGAGGCUUCAUCAAUGGCACCAUGUGCUCGCAUUUAUAAAAGAGCCUGUUCCAGAGUCUCUGAAGGAGUGGCGCGGGUCUGUGAACUACACCGAGAGCGACAAUCAGCUUGAGAGGGAGAUCAAAGCCCUCUCAGGAGGCUUGCUAGAAGUGAGUGCUUCACGAUCAGAGGAGGUACCAUUAGAGGACGAAGGAAAUCUAUCGAUUCGCGCUGGAGCGGGAUCACUUGACUUAGAGCAGGGAGAGACUCGUAUUGUGCAAGUCAUUCAUCAAUCAGUGAGGGAAUUCUUCCUCGAAGGUGGUGGAUUCCGCUUGCUGGACGCUUCAGCUGCGCGCAACCCGGUUGGCAGCUGCCACGUCACAAUAGCGAUUACAUGCUUUAACUACAUCAGUAUCUCGGAGUUGGAUAAGCUGAUUGAUGCGAGGAGGACCUAUCGGAAACAGGAAUCCAUCUUCUUAUCCGAGCAGGAGCCAUCAGAGACUGGUCCAGCACAGAAUGUUGACAGCGAAAAUGAGUCUUCUCUCGCCCCCGAGAGGAAUCCGGCACAGGACACGACAAACGGUCGGGUGAAAACAUUUUCUGAGCACUUGAGCAUGAUUCCAACGGCUGAAACUCACACAAUAGUUGCCAGCUGGAUAGCAGCGGGAAACAUACCAACGAACCCAGCAACCGAAGCUGCUCCCUCGAUCCAAUACGCAAACUCUCUCCUUUCCCCAGCAUAUGUCUCCCGCCAGCUUGAAGACUGGCCUUCUUUGUUAUUUUAUGUUCUUUCAAGUCUCGCAACGCAUCUCAAGGCCGCAAAGACAGUGGAUGAGGAUUCGCCCACACUCUUCGAAUGUCUCGACGACACAGAGCUCUGGGACCGUUUCGUGCUGCUGAAAGAAGACAUUCCCCGGAGCACCACGUUCUCUGAGUUCAUGAAUCCCCGCCGAGACCUCAGUGGCCUCCUAAGAGCUCUCGAGGCACGUUCUCUCCGAUUCGCGAUUCGGCGUCGACGCGCGGAUCCCCGCUCAGUCUUAAGAGCUCUCGAGGCACGUUCUCCCCCCCUAUUCCCGAUUCGGCGCCGACGCGCGAGCCCCCGCGCGAGACCUGCCCCAUCGUCCCCGAUGCACAAGAAAAGAUCACCGUCGCCAGUCUCGGUGGGAAGAGCGAGCAGUGUUGCAAGUUUCGCGUCUGCAAGUAGCUAUUGA